GGGAGCCUGCCCUGGCACUGUGGAGGAUCUGGGAGAGCUCCAGCCCUGCUGGAGCUCACUGCCCUGGGCAGCCCCAUGGACCCUCCCCACCUCCUGCAUUUGGGGUUCCUGCUCCUGGCUCUUGCUGCUCCCCAUCCAAGAAUUGCCAUGUCCAUUGCUGGCCCUGCUGGGAGGACACAAGGCAGCACAGCUAUGGAAGUCUACCGCUGUGAGGACUGGGAAAGCUGCAAACGCAAGGAUGACGGAAUUGAUUUUAACAACUGUACAAAAAUUGCUGAAAUACAGCACAAGAAAAACACUAUUCCAGAUGUAACAGCUGAGUUGAUGGCCAAUGAAUCACACAUCACUGUUUGCUUUGAGCAAGCAAAUUUCUGUCCUGAAGAAGUUUAUGUCGUCUGGGAUGAAACUGUGCCACCAAAACACUGGUGUGGCAUCCUGAAUUGUGGAGAAAAUGGAGGAGAUAACAUCAGCACUGAGAACCAGACUGUUUGCUGUGAAGCAGAGGCAAAUGCCUGGCGACACAACCCUUUGAAGUGCUACAUUCAGGAGUCACAUCCAAAACACACUGCACUGGCAGUUGCCAUUCCUGGUGGAGGAAAAGAACAGACCACAGACAUUAUCAGUGCUUGGGAAGGAGACUCCAUCAGCAUAACUUGCCCAAUGAAUCGUGCAAAGUAUCAAUUGGGAAUGUUCUUGAGAGUUAUCAGACAGAAUGUCAACGUGAUAUAUUGUUCCAAGGAGAAUUCUUCACAUAUCAAUCCUGCCUUUGCUAAUCGCACCGAGUGUUCAAAGGAAGGGGAGAACUUCAGGAUAACCCUGCACAGGCUACAGGAGUCUGAUUCUGAAAUCUACGUAUGCACAGAUGUCUUAAAAAUGAAGGAGAUAUAUAGGAAGACAAUCAUAGUACUGGUCAAAGCUAAAUCCAGAAGGCCUCUGGAGCAGUCACCACUCCAUGCCAACCCUGAGCAAGGCCAGUCUGUCAACAUCACCUGCGAGUUGAAAAGUGAAGAGAAGUUCUACUUGUUCAGGACUCACGUGCAGCCUGGCACAGUUCUGUCUGUGCCAAAUCUCAGCCGGUCAGGGGUUUCUCCUGCCUUUGAGAAUCGCUUGGAGUAUUCAAGGGAAGGAAAUAGAAUUGUAGUGAUUCUACACAAGCUACAGGAAAAGGACAGUGAUAAUUACAUCUGUGCCCAGGAGGUGAAGGGUUCCCCUCUGCUCUCUGCAAGAGGCACCAUGGUGCUGGUUAAAGAAGUGGAGCAGGCAUGUGAGAAGAGCUCCUGGGAUUUGUAUGCCCUUCUCAUCAUGAUGGCUGUGCUGUUCUGUGCCCUGGUGUGCUGCGCCUUGUACCGUGUGGAUGUGAAGAAAUAUUUCCAGAGGAAAAAGCCCAAUGAGGUAUAUGAAGACAUGUCCUACAACUCCAGGCGGAGCACCCUGGUCAGAACCAACACCUAUUCCAGAGGUGAAUAA